CGCGCCUCGGAGGUGCUGACGCAGCACCUGCUGCAGCGGCGCCUGCCGCCCUGGACCUCCUUCUGCGUCCGCUACAGCGCCGUCCGCAACGACCAGUUCGGCCUCUCGCACUUCAACUGGCCGGUGCCGGGCGCCAACUACCACGUCCUGCGCACCGGCUGCUUCCCCUUCAUCAAGUACCACUGCUCCAAGGCCCCCUGGCAGGACCUGGCCGGCCAGAACCGCUUCUUCACGGCGCUCAAGGUCAUCAACCUCGGAAUCCCAACUUUAUUGUAUGGACUUGGCUCCUGGCUCUUUGCAAGAGUCACCGAGACUGUGCAUACCAGUUACAGACCAAUAACAGUAUAUUUUCUAAAUAAAGAAGAUGAAGGCGCCAUGUAUUGAAAAUUGUGCAUCAGAGAACAUAAAUAGCAGUGGAUUUUCUGCUGUGCGAAUGUGCAAUAUUUAUUGUUGAUCCUUUAAAAUAAAACUUUUGCAAACA